CCAAAAGCAAAAUCAAAUUCAAUAUCAAAUAAAAAGUUUCAGCAAAGAAAAACAAGAAAAGGGUUUCCUUCCUAUUCUCUUAAGUAUUUUUCUCGGUCAUGAUAGCUUCAAAGCUUAUUUUCGUCCUUGCUUUUCUUUUUGUGUUAAGCAAAAAUGGCAUAGAAGGGUCUCACCAGAUAUACCCUGAGUUUCAGAAUCUGCUUGCAGCAACGGUUAGCGAAACCCAUAGAACUGGCUAUCACUUUCAGCCUCCUAAGAACUGGAUCAAUGAUCCAAAUGGGCCAAUGUACUACAAUGGGGUAUACCAUCUCUUCUACCAAUACAACCCUAAAGGUGCAGUUUGGGGAAACAUAGUUUGGGCUCACUCUGUAUCAAAAGAUCUGAUCAAUUGGAAAGCUCUUGAGCCUGCAAUUUCCCCUUCUAAACGGUUCGAUGAAAAGGGAUGUUGGUCUGGCUCAGCCACAAUCCUUAAGGACAAAGGACCCAUAAUCCUUUAUACCGGUAUUGAUCCAAAAGAACGCCAAGUCCAAGACUACGCCAUACCCAAAAAUUUAUCUGACCCAUAUCUUAUUGAGUGGGAAAAACCCGAUGAAGGCAAUCCGUUUAUUGACCCGGACAAAGAUGUAAAUGCUAGCGCAUUCCGCGACCCGACCACCGCUUGGUUUGUCGACGGGGAGUGGAAAAUUUUGAUAGGAAGUAGGAUGCUGAAACAGCAAACCGGCGUUGCGUUUUUGUAUAAGAGUAAGGAUUUUAAGAAAUGGACUAAGGCCAAAGAACCACUUCAUUCGGUGGAAAAUACCGGUAUGUGGGAAUGCCCGGAUUUUUUCCCGGUGGAGAAAUCCGGUCAAAAUGGUUUGGACACUUCAGUUGUUGGGGAAAAUGUGAAACAUGUUUUUAAGGUUAGCUUGGAUUUAACAAGAUAUGAAUACUACACAGUUGGUACUUAUGAUACGCAAAAGGAUAAGUAUAUUCCUGAUAAAGAUUCAGUUGACGGUUGGGGUGGACUUAGAUUCGAUUAUGGGAAUUUUUAUGCUUCGAAAACGUUCUUUGACCCAAGCAAGAAUAGGAGGAUUUUGUGGGGUUGGGCUAAUGAGUCUGAUCACGUGCAUGAUGAUAAGAAAAAAGGAUGGGCUGGAGUUCAGUCAAUUCCAAGGAAGUUAUGGCUAGAUCCUAGUGGGAAACAAAUAGUACAAUGGCCUGUUGAAGAAUUGGAGAAAUUGAGAGGGCAAAAUGUUCAAUUUGGAAAUCAAGAGGUCAAGAAGGGAGAACAUGUUGAAGUCAAAGGCAUCACAGCUGCCCAGGCCGAUGUUGAGGUUACGUUUACAUUUUCAAGCCUAGACAAAGCCGAAAAAUUUGAUCCUAAAUGGGCUAAUAUUCCUGCACAAGAUGUCUGUGCCCAAAAGGGAUCUAAAGAAGAAGGUGGUCUUGGACCAUUUGGACUAUUGACAUUAGCUUCAGAAAAACUUGAAGAAUUUACUCCUGUUUUCUUCAGAGUAUUCAAAGCAGAAAACAAGCACAAAGUUCUCCUUUGCUCUGAUGCAAGAAGCUCUUCCAAGGGGAAGAAACUAUACAUGCCAUCUUUUGCUGGAUUUGUUGAUGUGGAUUUAGCAGAUAAGAAACUUUCACUUCGAAGUUUGAUUGACCAUUCAGUAGUAGAAAGUUUUGGAGCUGGAGGCAAAACAGUGAUAACGUCUAGGGUUUAUCCUACAAUUGCUAUCGAUAACAAGGCUCACUUGUUUGUAUUCAACAAUGGAACUCAGAGUAUUAUAGUAGAGAAGCUCAGUGCUUGGAGUAUGAGUAAGCCUGCAAUGAAUUUACCCCUAUAAGAGUACCAAUGAUAAGAGGGAUUUAAUUAAAUUCGAUCAAUAUUUUUUUUAUCCAAUUAGAAGUUAUUCAUAAUAUUGUUAAUUCGUACAUUGCAAAAUAACUAACAUUGACACAAUGUAGUAUUCUUCAAGUUGAUGUUUAAUUA